AUGGGUAGCGCGAAAACCGCUACUCAGAACGCACAACAAAAUAUGGCAGAACAAAAGAAAUCGAUACUAGACCGUCUAAAAAAACCCAUUCAGGCAAUAUUCAGUAAAAGAGACAAGAAGAGGAAAGAUGUAAAGCCAGACGUAGCAGAGCGCACAAAGACCUCGGAGCCGGUCAAAUUCCUCACAGUCUCAGAUAUACUGGACGAUCUAGACAAUCUCAAAAUCAAACCACCCGCAGAUGAAGAAGACGAAUUCAGUAACUUCACCUGCAAAGUUAUAGACGAUAAGAGAAAUAAUUCACAGCUGUCUGAAGAGAGCCUACAGAACUUCCAGACAGCGAUACGAAAGGAAAGGAACGAUUCGCAAUUGUCUGAGGAGAGCUUUAAGAAUUUCACGAAGGAGAAUGAAGGUAGUCGGAGAACGAAAAUCGACUCGCAGACGUCCGACGACAGCGGGUUCUCGGAGAAGACUGACGCGGCGGAUUCGGAGGAUGAAGCGUGCGAGGGUAGACGGAAAAGGAUACAAACGGUGUUAAUAUCGCGGGGACCAAUCAGGAAUCAGUGCCACGUGCCGUCGCAUCCGUAUUCGAGGGAUGCUGAUUGCCAUCAGAUCAGCCAAGUCAACCGACAAACAUUCUCCGGCGGCCAAGUGACCGUCAACGAGAGGUCAGACAACACCUACCUGAACCAAGCCCUAGAGCUAAUCGACACCAACGUACGAGACUACACCAACGAGGACCUGGCGACGUUUCUGGAACUCGCCGAGGAAUUCGUGCACGAAGACACGAACGAUGUCCUCUCAGAGUUCUUGGACACGAACCUGCCGCGGAUAAUUGAACCCACCGCGGAGCUGUAUGAACCCGAGAUGGAGAACCCGAUUGAGGCUCUGGAGCUUGCGAACUCAAGUGUGCAUUAUGAUACUCUGGAACUGUUCCCGGAGUGUUUGAACCCGGACUUCGACAGGCUGAGCGUGUUCCCGACGCCGCCGCGUUCAGAGAACGUGCCGAGCCCUUACUCGGAUUCACAGGUCUUCUACCCAAACAAUUCGGAGUACUCGCUCUCACCACAAACUCACUCUUCAUCGCCAAUGUACAACAGCGAUUAUGAAAAGUGCCAGGACAUACCUUCGCUGGAGGAAAUACCCAGCUGCAUCACGGAUGUAGAGGAACCAAGCCCAGACAACGAUCGUAAACGAAGAGAGAGACUUCCCAGCGCGAGCAUGACCAUGAAACAAUACAAGGACCUCCAGAAGGAGAUCUCCAACGAGUUCUCGAAGAUGCAGUGCUGCCAAGCCCAGCGGAAGACGUGCAAGGAGCUGUUCGAAGGGCACAUGACUAAACUGAAGAUGGAGAACAGAAAGCUGCUGUGCCAGAAUGUUGCCGGUCUCGAGUUGAAAACUGCUUAUGGUGUUCUCAAGCACAUCCUAGUGAGUCUGUCGAACGGCAAGAGCGAAGAAAGUCUGCAGAUGGCGCUUUUUAGUCUGAUCUGUGAAAAAGUGCUAGCUCUGCAGCCGGAAUUGUUCGUCCAAGACUUCGGUUUAGGUCUUCUGAAGUUAGCAGUUCUCCGUUGUUUCAAGUUGCCCCUCCUCACGCGGUAUUUGGUUCAGUGCGUACGCACCGUGACCAAGUCUGACGCGUACAAGCGGACGCACGAAUGUGUCUUCACUGAGGUGGACGCCCUCGGCGACAAUUUGGUCAUAGCGUGCGCACGCGGCGGCGAUAAGUACGCGAAUGUUCUAUACGAGCUUGUGAGGAGGAGCGGGGCGGACGCGGGCGCUCAACCGCUCUUUACGCUACACCACGCUAACGCCGAUGGUCACAACGCGUUGCACGUAGCCUGUCUCACGCACAGCGCCCAAACACCACAUUAUCAUACUGUGCAUGUGUUAUUGGAGCAUGCUGGCAUCGAUCUAUGGCGAGAGGACGUCAAAGGUGGCGAGACUGCGCUCCAUCUGGCGGUGAACUCGGCCAACUGCGAUCUGAAACUCAUUAUGAUUAUUUUCAAACAUAUAGACAGGAAACUGUGGAAGAAGUUGGCUCAUACGCCUAACAGGAGCUCGGUCUCCCCACUGGAGUACGCGAGGUCCGCCAGCAAGUCGUCAAUAAAACAAAACUUCCCCACUGAAGUACUCGAAUUUCUCAAAAAGUGUCGUUGA